UUGUGUGCAAAUUAAGACUGAAACUUAGCGAAUUUUGAGUGAAUGCUAUAAAUCGUAAACAAGAGCUGUUACAAAAAAAAUGAGGGUAUAUUUAGAAUCAGCGACAUCAAAUUAACAAACAUCAUGCAUCAAAAGUCAAUCAUCAGGCAAAAAUUGUCCAGUGUUAUUGAAUAUCAAGAUUAUUUUUAGUUUAAAAAAAAACGAGACGAUACCUAGUAUUUUGUGUAAUGUGUGUGUCCUGGUCUCUCGUUUUAUAAUAGGUACCUACUUCUAAGUCUAAUCAUCAAAGUUUACAGUGUAUAUUCAGACAGCACUAGACGUCGAAAUUCUGGUCUAUAUUUUUUAAUAUUCAAAAUGGAUUCACCUGUUUCCGUGCGAGAAUUCUACAAAGGGCGGAGUGUCCUUGUGACGGGCGGCACCGGGUUUAUGGGCAAGGUGCUUAUUGAGAAGCUACUGUACUCCAUCCCGGACAUCGGCAACAUCUACAUACUCAUGCGACCGAAGCGGGGCAAGUCCGUCUCUCAGCGCCUAGAGGACAUGCAGCGAUUGCCCCUGUUUGACCGUCUCAAAAAUGAACGACCGAAAGCCUUGUUGAAACUAAAACCGCUGCAAGGUGACGUGCUGUUCGAGGAGUUUGGACUAUCCAGGCAGGACAUAGAACUGUUAUCAGAUGAAGUGUCUGUAAUUUUCCAUUUUGCUGCUACGUUAAGACUAGAAGCUCCACUAAAGGACAACGUGAAUAUGAACACUACUGGCACGAUGAGGACAAUAAAAGUGGCGAAGCAGCUCAAAAACCUGCAGCUCCUUGUUCACCUUUCUACAGCCUUCUGUUAUCCCGACUACGAGGUUUUGGGUGAAAAGUUAUACGCACCGCCAGUAAAACCAGAGGAUGUCAUGCGACUGGUAGAAUGGAUGGACGACAAGUCGCUGGCUAUCCUUACGAAAUCGCUGCUCGGACCUCACCCUAAUUGUUAUACGUUUUCAAAACGCCUAGCCGAAAGCGUGGUGGCUGAUGCUUACGAUGAGCUCCCCGGUGCUGUCAUCGCUCGCCCAAGCAUUGUUUGUCCUGCUCUUAAAGAGCCCGUAUCAGGAUGGGUAGACAACCUAAAUGGUCCAGUGGGCGUUAUGCUUGGCGCUGGUAAAGGAGUCAUCCGCACGAUGCUGUGCGAUGGUUCUCUCACUGCACAAGUUAUUCCUGUGGAUACUGCUAUCAACGCCAUCAUUGCUUUAACCGCAAUUGAAGCAACGAAAAAAGUAAAGUCUGAAGUUAUUCCCAUAUACAACGUAAACGUUGGUCAUCAGAAGCCUACAACCUGGGGCGAUGUUCUCGAAAUUGCGAAGUCUUAUGGGCGACAAUAUCCACUGUCUUGGCCCCUGUGGUACCCCAAUGGAGAUAUCACCACCAACGAAACACUUCAUGAAUUUCGUCGAAUUUUCUACCACCUGCUGCCUGCUUACGUCAUCGACCUUCUACUAUUGCUUACAGGACAGAAGCGUUUCAUGGUCAGGAUACAAGACAGAAUCAGCCAGGGAUUGGAAGUUCUUCAGUACUUCACUAUGAGACCGUGGUCUUUCCCGUGCCCGAAUUACGAUGCUAUUAAAGAAAAAUUAUCUGAAGAAGAGAAUACAAUUUUCGAAACAGACAUAACUAAUGAGGAUCGCGUGAAGUACAUGCAGAGUGCUGUCGAAGGCGGCCGCAUCUACUGCUUGAAAGAAAAUCCUACCAAGAUGGCCGUGAAUCGAUCUUAUCAUAACUUCCUCUACGUAUUGGACUGGGUGGUGAAAAUUUUCUUCUGGCUGUUGAUACUUUCGUUCCUGGCUUCAUGGUUCGAGCCAGUGAAGACUGUCUUCUCAUAUGGAGAACCAGUUGUAAAGCAUCUACCAUUCUUAGGUCCAGCGGUGUUCAAUGGAAAAAACUAAAGUAGAGGGUAUUAAGACUUAAGGUUGUGUAAUCAGUCAUACAUUUCUGUUUGUAUAUGACUAACUCGAUACAUUCCAUGAAAAUAACAUUAACAUACUGAAAAUAAAAUCUUAAAUAGGAAUGUAUCGAAAUGUUCAAAAAAUUACAUAACUUCUUCAUAAAGCUAUUCUAAAUUUACUAGAAAAAAAAACAAUAGUGAAAGUAACUUUACGUAUUAUUGGCUAAUUGGAAUUUCUAUUUAGAUUAGAAUUAAUUUACGUUUGUCAGGCUAGUACGGCCCCUUGCCUUGAUUGAUAGUUGGGAGUUGUGCACAGGAGCGUAGCUCCGCCGUAUUUGUCCAGGGGACCCCAACGCAACGUGCAUAAGCAAAAAAUAAUAAAAACUUGCCCCGUUUUGAAGUAAACAACUUAAACCCACAAUAAUCGACGUUAAAGCACGCAUGGAAAGCAGUGUUUAUUUACAUUGUAAUACGAUGCAAACAAUUGUUCUUCUGGUUUAGUAGUACUUGUAGCGAUUUGUAGAAAAACAAAGAGUGAAAGGAUAAGGAGACUGUCCCAGCAGAGCUACGAAAAGAAAAAGUCUUUUGUGAGAAAUCUUUACCCUUCCUCCGGAACAUUUUUUUUAUACGGGACCCCGCCAAGACACGCUUCGCUUCUGGGUAUGCAAAUAUCAUGUAAAUCUAUACAAAUCACACAUAAAACUCUCGAGCUCUUCUCAAGUCAGGGAGUCGUGCCAGUCUGCCAAUCGUUUAGAUUUAGGUGAAAUCUCUACCAAAUCGGGUCAAUGUAAAAAUAGGUUACCCUAGUCACCGACCAGUAUACCUCUACUAUUAAUUCCAUAACAAAGUGCCGCCGUAGAAAAUACAAUACUUUUAUAUCACAUUUAUAACGAACUAAUUUAUCAUUGGCACUUUGUGAAUAGCCAGCAAGCCAGUUUAUAAUCGAAAUUAGUUUUAGUGUCGUUUAUAAUUCGGAUGUUUAGAUUAUUGCAGUCUCAUAAAAUCUGAUUUCAAAGGUUUGGGUAGAAAAUCCUGUCAUCAUAUUAUGUAAAUGUAAAAUUAUUUUUGCUUUUCAGUUUCUGCAUGUUUUUCUAAUACGCUUUUAUUUGAAGGCGGCUUCUUUUUAUUUUAAUUUGUCCAAUUUGCUCAAUAUACUUAUUUUGAUAAGUACAUAACAUUUUUGAGUUAAGUUUUAUACAUGUUUAUUAUUAGAAUAAUUGUUAAAAUCUCUUUUACAAUUGUUGCAUCACUUUUUAUUAAAGCUGUUUUAUAGGGAAAAUUAUGGUUUAAGCGUUUUGGUUAGUUAAGCCCAUGGUUAAGCCAAGGUAUAAAUAUGAUUUAAUAAAAUACUGUCCGAACAUUA